AUGAGCAAACGAAGCAGGAUUAGAAAAAUAUUAAUUUCGGAGGAGCUAGACAAUAAUGACAUGGAGGAGAAGGCAAAAAAGAAAAAACUUGUUGCACUCCCAGAACAAGAAAUAUUUUCAGAUGAUAUUUGUUUUGAAAUAAUUUCCAUGAUUGAUGAUUCGUGGUUUAUUUUAAAAAAUUGCGUUUUAAUUUCAAAACAAUUCUUUAAUGUGAUCAAGGAACGUUCCAAACUGGUUAUUAAAUUUAAAAAAAAAUUUACUGGAUAUAGAAUUAAAUUAUUCAUGAAUAGUCGAUUUAUGAGUAGUAUUGUUGAUGUUAAAUUUUCUGAAAUGUUGUUUAACUCUGAAGAAACACCUAAAUUCAUAAAUGAAAUGACUAAGAUGAAACAAUUAACAUCACUUGAUAUUUCUUACAAUCUAAUUUAUGCUGAAGGAGCCAAAUCAAUAAGUGAAAUGAAACAAUUAACAUCACUUGAUAUUGGUGGAAAUCGAAUAUAUGAUAAAGGAGCCAAAUUCAUAAGUGAACUGAAGCAAUUAAAAUCACUUAAUAUUUAUAACGAUUGGAUUGGUAUAGACGGAAUCAAACCAAUAAGUGAAAUGAAACAAUUAACAUCACUUGAUAUUGGUAGAAAUCACAUUGGUGAUGAAGUAGCCAAAUUCAUAAGUGACAUGAAACAAUUAACAUCACUUACUGUCAAUAACAAUCGUAUUGGUGUGGAAGGAGCCAAGUUCAUAAGUGAAAUGAAACAAUUAAAAUCACUUGGUAUUAAUAACAAUCAAAUUUAUGCUGAAGGAGCCAAAUUCAUAAGUGAAAUGAAACAAUUAACAUCACUUGAUAUUUCUGACAAUCAAAUUUAUGCUGAAGGAGCCAAGUUCAUAAUAACAAUUGUAUUGGUGAUGAAGGAGCCAAGUUCAUAA